AUGGAUCUCAUACACGGCCCUCUCGGAGCGCUACAGCGUAGGCUGGCGUUCGUCGCGGUCGAUCCUAUACCCUGGAAAACAUAUGUUCAGAUAUUCUCGUGGGGCGUGACACUCUUCGAGGAAUAUUUGCUACUCCGACAAUACCCACUGUACUCGAAAAAGGAGCCUCCGGCUGUACUCAAGGACCACUUCUCACAGGAAACCUUCGACAAGUCUCAGACGUAUGGCCGUGACAAGGCCAAGUUUGCCUUGUUUUCAGGGCUCUACAAGCAGGUCCUUGAUUCUGCACUGAUCCACUAUGGCGCGUACGCGUGGAGCUGGAGCAUUGCGGGAAAGUUGUUGGCGAGGUUUGGAUAUAGCGCGGAAUACGAGAUUACCCAAUCGAUCGCCUUCGCAUUUAUUCUGUUCUUCAUCUCGUCCUUGCCUACCCUCCCGCUCUCGGUAUACUCCACGUUUGUUCUCGAAGAGAAACACGGCUUCAACAAAACCACUCGCACGCUGUUCAUCACCGAUACGCUCAAGGGAUGGGCUCUUGGUUUCGUACUCGGUGCGCCUUUCCUCGCGGCGUUCCUCAAGAUCUUCAAGUGGGCCGGUGACCGCUUCGUCCCCUGGCUUAUGGCCUUCCUUCUGUCCUUCCAACUUACGAUGGUCGUGCUCUACCCCACGGUCAUCCAACCCCUUUUCAAUAAGCUCUCGCCGCUCGCGGACGGCGAACUGAAGAGCCGGAUAGAGAGUCUGGCUGGCAAGCUCAAGUUCCCGCUCAAACACUUGUAUGAGAUUGACGGGAGCAAGCGCUCGUCGCAUUCGAAUGCGUAUUUCUUCGGUCUCCCAUGGAGCAAACACAUUGUCAUCUUUGACACGCUCAUCCAAGAGAGCAAACCGGAGGAGGUGGAGGCUGUUCUUGCCCAUGAACUAGGUCACUGGUACUAUCUCCACCCGACCAAGCUUCUCUGCCUCAGCCAGCUCCAUAUAUUCUCUAUUCUCGCGCUCUUCCCUGCGUUCCUGCAUGCGCCUCCUUUGUUGAGGUCCUUCGACUUCCCCAAGGACGUCGCUGCCCAACCGCCGACCAUCGUCGCGUUCCUGUUGUUCCAGAUGAUAUUGACUCCUCUGGAAUCCCUCGUUAGCAUCGCGCUGAACGCUGUGAGCCGGCGGUUUGAAUGGGAAGCCGACCGCUUCGCUGUCGAGCUGCCUUCCAAGUUGGCGGUUCAACCAUCGGAGAAAGACCUUACUGAGAUGGCGGACAUGGGCGAGCGCCUCAAGCGUGCCCUCAUCCAACUGCACGUCAAGAACCUGUCUACGGUCUGGGUCGACUGGCUCUAUUCGGCAUAUCACCACUCACACCCGACGCUGACGGAGCGACUGAAGGCUCUGGACACGCUCCAAGCAAAUGCGGGCAAGAAGGAGCUGUGA